GCAGUCCGACUUCGUGCACAUUCGAUGUAACUCGGCUGAUGUGCUUAUGAUGCGCGGAUGCAACUGUCAGUAAUUGUGGCUGAUCUGUAUGUAGGGUUUGCGCUAUUAUCUAUUACAAUGGUAAGCGAUCCUCUAGACGACCUGUUUUUGAGAUGACUUAACUUGCAAAGCCAUGUACAGACCCCGAGGGAACUGAACUCUGUAUAUGCUUCAUGCUGAAAGAAGACGUGUCGGACGUGGAGACGCGUUCUAAAGUUGUCAACAACUGGCUGAAUUGUUUGUUUUUUACCGGACAUGCAUGUGUGAAUUGUUUUUAAAAACCUGUGGAUUUUAAAUAAAGAAUGGAGAUGAGUCUCACGGUCUUUACGCACGCCUUAUGGAGCAAAUGGACCGCUGGAUUACCACCUGGUGUAUGCUCAUUUUAAUAACUAAUGCUGAAGAACACUUGGCUAAAAACUGGCUACGAUUCCAUUCUCAACAUGGCAAGAGGAUAUCUGUAACACAUUCAAUCUACCUCCACCUUGCUGUUGCCCUGAUCUUCCUCUAAGAAACCUCCCCUCGUAAAUCAUGACAACAUAACUCUCCUUUCUUUCCCAUACAAAGGCAGACUUGUGAACUAUUUCUGGAAUACACUCAGUCCACUUUAUGUGCUCUACUGAAACCCUUUGCAAACAGGGAGCAGGGUAUGGAAUUGGGUCUCAGAACAGAUGGAUUAAUUAGUUAAAACCUGAAAUUAAAAUACUCCACAGUCUUGGUUUUUGGUUUGCAAGCCAUAACAAUCGUGCCCAGUGAUGCAAGCUAAAACCAUGACCGCUCUUGCAUGACAGGACCAGCAGGAGUGUACAGCUGAAUAUGUCCAUCUGUAUGGGGCCUUACUGGCCCAUGAAACCCUUGCUCUCAGCUCUCUCUGCCCUCUUGUGGGGUGUACACUUUGGAAUAGUGUUUGGAAGUGCACUGACAUCUGCUUGUCCCAAGAGUUGCCACUGCAUGGACAAGAAUGACCUUGUUGUGGUCCAGUGCAUGUCGCGCAACCUGGAGAAGAUCCCUGCUGAUCUGCCUCCUGACACUGUGGUGUUGCUACUGGCCUUUAACCGUAUUACCAAAAUUCCCAAAAAGGCCUUCAAGGAUCUCAGCAGAUUACAGGAACUGGAUCUGUCCAACAAUGCUAUCGAAACCGUAGAUGCCAUGGCCUUCCAGGGGGUCUCUGAUGCACUCCGGUUCCUGGACCUGUCCAACAACCACAUAAGCAGUGUGCCCAAAGAGGCUUUCGCUAAACUUCAGGCCAAAAUCAGCCUCUCCAACAAUCCCUGGCACUGUGAGUGUAGCUUGCAGGAGGUCCUGAGGGAGCUACGACUGGACCCAGAGACAGUGAACGAGGUGAGCUGCCACACAGCUGUGGAUGAGGAAUAUGCCGGCAAGCCAGUCAUCCAGGUACUGGACUCGGGCAUCAACUUCUGCAACUUCCACCAUAAGACCACUGAUGUGGCCAUGUUUGUCACUAUGUUCAGCUGGUUCACUAUGGUGAUAGCCUAUGUAAUCUACUAUGUGCGACAGAACCAGGAGGAUACCCGGAGGCACCUUGAGUAUCUAAAGUCCCUGCCCAGUGGCUCGCAGAACAGCAAGGACUUUGACACAAUCAGCACAGUUCUCUAGCAGCCUACUUCAGUACCCACGGAUGCAGGAAAGUGCUACAGGAAACAUUUUUAGGUGGCCUCUCCCACCUUGUGAAAACAAAUGUUUUUUUAACCCCCACUUCACAGUGGAGAGAACACAAUUAAGGUAAUGUACUGUGGGUCUCUACAAAAAGCAUAAGGAAAUUGUUGCAGUAAAAAUGUCUGUGUCAAAUUCUUAACAUUUUUGCAGAGUCAAGAGGAGAUCUUUAGAACAAAUACAUAGCAGUGUCGCGAAUACAUAGCUCCUUUUAAAUGUGAGCACAAUCAGAAUGUGCAGAAAAUCUAAACAAAGGUUGUAUGUUGUACUGGGUAUAAACAGGGCUAAAGUGAUGGCUAAUUAUAAUUCACGUCGCCCGAGAGCCUGCAUUUAUGUAAGAGCACCUGCAUAGGUUUAGAAUAAAGGAUAGUUAAGUUCAGAACAUGUUCACUGUGGUACACAGAUUGGUUCCUAACAAUAACUCAUUAUACUCAACCAUUAUAGAAUCCCUGUGUACUUUAACAGGUGGUACAUGCCACAUGGAUAUCUGAGUUUAUACAACAUAUGGUUUCAUCCUGGAUUUAUUGGAAGACUAGAAUAGAAGUGGAUUGACAAACCGUAACAUGCCUACCACUUUAGCACAACUAAAAUCAACAUGAGCCAUAUUCAUUUUUAUAUCUGACUUUCUUUAGCUAGUCAGAUAUAUAGGAAGUCAGAUAGGAACGUACUUCCAAUAGACUCUCUAAAGUUUAGCAGAAGUGUAGGUUAUAAAAUAUAAUUUUCGGGCUAGGUGUUUUGUGCAUGCCCAAGUGCCUAUCCCUUAUGACUUCUAGAGCUGAGCACUCUGCAUUGGGCUGGACUAGAACAAGUUACUUUCCUGUCUUUAUUCCAUAAACAAGGUGAUACUGUCUUUUAAUGUAGUUUGUUGCGACUCAGGGGGCAAAGCUGGUAAAAAAAUAAAUAAUGUGUUUUUGUCAGGUUAUAUAGCCAUUAUUAAAUGUAUUUUUAUCAAACAUUAUCUAUUUGUCUUUAAUGUUAUAAUAGUUAUUUGAACAGGUAUGAUACAUACUGACAUUAUUUCCCUUGAUGUCUUAAUCAUGACUUCAACAAAACAUGUUUAAUGAGAUGCUUAUUGUUAUAUCUCUGAACGUAUGAAUAAAUUGUAUAUCCCCAAUGAUUAUUAAAUAAUAUUACUUUUAAAUGCCUUAUUACUUUUAUUCAGCCGUCAUACACCAUUGGAGCACAAAAUGCCCACUUGUUAUACUCCAACUGUAAAACAAUGUAAAUGUAAACACUAACAACACUGGUCAAGUUCCUUCUAUGAAUAUUAAAGUAAUUAGAUUUCUCAAAACCCAUCCCUGUGCUUUUUACCAAACCACCAUUUGUGAUUGCUUUGUUAUUCUUAAAAUGAAGGAACGCAGCUUUAAAAGGUCACAAUAUAGCAAUAUAACAAGCAAACUAGACACAAACAGAACAUUUUCAUCUUAUUUUAGUAGGAUGUUUGUCUACAUUUCAUUAUAUAUUAUUCAAGUCAACAGCUUGGGUGGCAAUUUACAUGUAUCUGUUCUUAUCAUUUGUAUCACAAAAACACAAGAUGUUGUGGUGUCAUAAUGUUCAGGGUUAAAGUGUAAGCUUUUCUGGAUCUGGGCCCGAUCUAUGUAGUGAUAUUUUCAUUUCCUAUUUGCAUGUUUUUUUUAUUCAAUUGAAAGGGCUAUGGUAAUUC